GAAAAAGACUUCCGGGUCGUCUUUUGUGCCAGUUCGAGGCUAAAAGGAGCAUCAGACCCGCAGACAACAAGCCGGAGAUGGGAAAGAAAAGUCGCCUUGCAGGAGGAGCGGUCGGUCGGAGAACAAUAAUACAGCUUUCCCCACCCGGAACACGCAGCGGGACCACCGGAGAGAGGGAAGAAGGGCCCUCGGGAUCCGAUGAUGAACAGGAAGGUGAUGGGCAUAGAUUCGUGAGAGUCACAAACAUGAAGCCUCCAGCUGUAAAGGCCACAGAGGGUCUGUCUUUGCUUGGAGCUUAUGAGGACAGCGAUGACGAAGACGGUGGAGAUUCGAGCCGUUCAGCCGCAAACUCUCAACACAACCGGUCGGCUGACAUCGACAGUACACUGGCCAAUUUCAUGGCGGAAAUUGACGCAAUCACAACUCAACCAAGUUCAGAUGAUGCAACAUCUAAUCCCUCAGUUCCGAAUGCCAGUGCCAUCCCGCCCAAACCCGCAGUUAACUCUCAGCAUGCCGCAACCGGUGAAGGACAAAACCAACAAAGCGCAGACUUUGAGUAUAAUACUCAGUAUUCACUUGCUGGAGUUGGUGUAGAAAUGGGAGACUGGCAGGAAGUAUGGGACGAGAACUCGGGCUGCUAUUACUACUGGAACACUCUGACCAAUGAGGUGUCCUGGGAGCUGCCGCACUAUCUGGCUGAUCAGGUGCAAAGUCUGGAGCAGUAUUCCAACAGCUCUAGUGUCAAUGGCAAUGGCACAGCCCAUACAGGUUAUUAUGCAAAGGAAAAUGCUGCUUCUGCUGCAGCCCCGACAUUGGCGAAAGAAACCAAAACUAAGGAAGUCAUUGAGAGUGUCGUCGGCCUCACGAGCGAGGAGGAGGAGCGCCGAGGAGUUGCUGCAUCGCUCCUCGGUCCUCUGAUCCCCUCCGAAGUGAAAGAAGCAGAAGAAAGGUGGAGAAAAAGACUGAUCAAAGGGUUGGACGAGACCGAGAACAGUAUGGACUCUGAUGGAGAGGGAGUUCGCGCUGUGGGAUCCCCUGCUACGCCUCUGCGCGACACGGAACCGGCCCCCGUUGUCCAAAAAGACGUAUGCGCAAAGAAGCAGUCGAGAGACAACUCGGAUGCUGAAGAGGAGACGGAGGAGGACACGAUGGAGCUGGAACUAGCUCUGGAGAGGAAAAAGGCCGAGCUCCGGGCACUGGAGGAGGGCGAUGGUAGCGCUGGGGGCUCCAGUCCUUGUUCUGAGACGAGCCAGGAAGCCUCUGGUUCUCGUGGUGUCUUGGUGAAGAAGAACAGGUGGAAGACGGCCUUCCCUUCUGCAGCCAGCCCUGACUCUAACAGCAGAGGCUCAGACCUACCAGACAACCCGGAGACGGCACUUCCUAAAGUCUUGGAAAGCGUUGUGGAAGGAGAGGACAAAGAAGUGGACAGUUCUGAGGAGAAAGUGGUUUCGAAACCUCCCGUGAAAGAGAUGGAGACGCCUGAGCUCAAAGUGGAAACGCCUGAGCUCAAGUUUCAGAUUGGAGAGUUGGCUAACACCUUGACCAGCAAGAUGGAGUUCCUGGGGAUAAACAAGAAGGAAAUCUCAAAUUUUCAGCUGCUUCUGCUUCAAACUGAGACACGGAUCGCUGACUGGAGGGAGGGUGCUCUGAAUGGGGUCUAUCUUCGCCGCAGGCUGCAGGAAGCUGCCGAACAUAUAAAAUAUUACGAACUUAACGCCGCCCCUAAAGGCUGGUCCUGCCACUGGGACAGAGAGCACAGGCGGUAUUUCUACGUGAAGGACCGGACUGGUGAGUCCCAGUGGGAUUUCCCAACAGAGGAGGACAAAGAGGAGGACCCGAAAGGCAGCCAAGGUACCCAGACACAGACCUCGAACCCAGGGGAUAACAAAACGACACCAGUAUCUGCUGGUGGAGUCACAGGAUCUUCUACCUUUCCGUCUGCUGUACCACCAUCAACGCCGCCACCUCCUCCUCCGCCUCCCCCUCCUCCUGCUCCUUCCGUGCAGCCCGGUGCUUCUUCUUUCUGGUCUCCGUCGCAACCUCCGCUUCCAGACAGCCCUCCUCCGCCUCCCGCCUACCCCCCACCUCCACCUCUCCCCGAGGGCUCGCCGCCUCCCCCUCCUCCCCCUCCUCCUCCUCCCGACAGCGACGGAGAAAUCAUGGAGGUUGAGAUGGAGAUGGACGACGACAACGAUGAGGAGCCUCCAGCCCCUGGAACUGAGGAGGAAGGCAGUGGGAGGCCUCCUCUGCCCCCUGGCACUGCGAGUAUGAAGGUCCUUGACUCAUCGGGAUCAUUGGGAAGGGGACAAAAACGUAAAGCGUCUCAGCUGAAUAAAGCCAUUACUAUAGGCAGCAGUCCCAUUCUCUACACCCAGCCAGCUGCCAGUGCAGCCCCUCUAAUGUCAGCUACCGCCUACUGGGGAGUUCCUGCUGUCGUUGUCGCUGCUCCUUUGGUUCCUUGUGAACCUCUUGCCCCACCUGUCCCAGCCCCACCUCCCCAACCACCGCUGCCGCCAUCCCAGCCACCCUUCGAACCCCCUUGCCCCAAAGCUUUGCCCAUAGACAAGACCAAGAAAGCAAAAAAGGACAAGUCAAAGAAGAGUAAGACCAAAAUGCCUUCUCUGGUGAAGAAGUGGCAGAGCAUCCAGAAGGAGUUGGACGAGGAGGAGAAGACCAGCUCCAGCGACGAGGACCGAGAGCAGCUCAGCAAGAAGGGCAUCGAGGAGUGGAAGCAACAGCAGCUAAUGACAGGAAAAGCUUCAAAGAAUGCCAACUUCGAGGCACUCCCCGAAAACUGGCGGGAACGCCUGAAGAAACGGAAGAUGAACAGCACGUAACAUCUGGCUUGGGUCAUAAACAGCCCGUCAGUUUUUUUUGUUUUGUUUUUUUUUCUCUUUUUAAAUCCACUCCCACCAUAACUUUAAGGUCAUCUUUCCCUGGCUUAAAUUGAAUGUUUCAUGAUCAGUGAACUUUCUCAACCAUUGUUCAUGUCCCUGAUGGAGACAUUUAGAUGCCCCUUACAUGGCAGGCCAUUCACACAGAGGGAUUUGAAUGUUCCAUUUCCUGUUUUAUUAUAUAUAUUUUUUUUAAUUAUUAUUAUUAUUAUUUUUUUUGUAGCCACAGCUGUAAAUGUGCCAAAUGUCAGCGUUUUGACCACCAUUUUGUAUAAACAACAUGUAGAUAGAUGACCACCAGAGGUUGAUGGGAUUGUCUAUUUUAAUGAGCAUUUUUUACAACUGUGUACAUAAAUUAUAUAAUAAGAUAACCGGUGUUUGUGCAAGUGGAGGUCAUGUCAUUGAACUUGUACAUUUUGUAUAAAGUUAUUAAAGUUUUUUCCAAAGGAAA